AUGAUUGGCCUCUGUGACACUUCUACUCUCCUUCUAACCCCAAGAACAACCUCAACAACCAACACCAUGUGUGGGUACUACGGAAACUACUAUGGGAGCCGUGGCUAUGGAUGCUGUGGCUAUGGAGGCCUGGGCUGUGGCUAUGGCUCCUACUAUGGUUGUGGCUUCCGCAGACUGGGCUGUGGCUAUGGAUAUGGCUCCCGCUCUCUCUGUGGCUGCAGCUAUGGAAGCAACUCUGGCUAUGGCUCUGGCUUUGGCUACUAUUAUUAAGGACGCCAUGGGAGACUCUCAUCCUCCAAACCUUCACUUAAUGAUUGACCAUUUCUGAACCCCAGAAGUUCUGUGCCUCGCCCUGAGGUGAUGUUUAUUCUACACUAUAGUAUAAACUUGUGAUAUGAUUUGCUAAAGACUUGAUAUCUGGAUCUGAUGCCACUUGAUACCUGGGAGAAUAUGAAAUUCA